AAAUAAAUAUCACCCCUCCCAUUUCUACAGCUGUUCACUGAAAACUCUCUCCCCUCAAAAUUCGUGCUGCUUCUCAGAAUCUCCGGCAUGGCCAAGGAUCCAGUUCGCGUUCUCGUCACGGGAGCUGCAGGGCAAAUUGGAUAUGCGCUUGUGCCUAUGAUUGCUCGUGGAAUAAUGCUUGGACCAGACCAGCCUGUUAUUUUACACAUGCUUGACAUUCCACCUGCUGCAGAAUCUUUGAAUGGGGUUAAGAUGGAGCUGAUUGAUGCAGCAUUUCCUCUCCUUAAAGGAGUUGUUGCCACAACCGAUGUCGUUGAGGCUUGUACUGGAGUCAAUGUAGCAGUCAUGGUUGGUGGAUUCCCAAGGAAAGAAGGAAUGGAGAGGAAAGACGUAAUGUCGAAGAAUGUCUCUAUCUACAAAUCUCAGGCUUCUGCACUUGAAAAGCAUGCAGCUCCAAACUGCAAGGUGCUAGUUGUUGCUAACCCAGCAAAUACCAACGCCCUCAUUUUGAAAGAAUUUGCUCCAUCCAUUCCCGAGAAAAACAUUACUUGCUUGACAAGGCUCGAUCACAAUAGGGCACUGGGGCAGGUUUCUGAACGUCUAAAUGUUCAAGUUAGUGAUGUUAAAAAUGUCAUCAUUUGGGGGAACCACUCAUCAACACAGUACCCUGAUGUAAGUCAUGCAACUGUGAAAACACCAAGUGGGGAAAAGUCUGUACGUGAACUUGUUUCAAAUGAUGAUUGGCUGAGGGGAGAAUUUAUCACAACUGUUCAACAACGUGGUGCUGCAAUCAUCAAAGCUCGCAAACUGUCAAGUGCAUUAUCUGCAGCCAGCUCUGCUUGUGAUCACAUCCGUGAUUGGGUCCUUGGAACCCCAGAGGGAACUUAUGUUUCCAUGGGUGUCUACUCUGAUGGGUCUUACAAUGUCCCAGCUGGGCUGAUCUACUCAUUCCCGGUGACAUGCCGCAAUGGCGAGUGGACUAUUGUCCAAGGGCUUCCUAUCGACGAAUUUUCAAGGAAGAAGAUGGAUGCAACUGCUGAGGAGCUAACCGAAGAGAAGGCCCUAGCAUACUCAUGCCUCUCUUAAACGCCUCUGCGCUAGUGGAUUUUAAAUGAAAUUGAAGUUUUGUCGCUAUGAAUGUGACAGCAGGAUGCAACUGCAUUAUUUUCAAUAAUUUGACGCUAAGAGUAUUCCUCAGAUUCUGUAAUAAUUCUUAAAUUUUCGUGUGCAUUCGGAUUCGUGUAUUAUCCUUGUUUUUCUGCUCAGUGAUUGUGUAACAACUUUUAAAAAAGAUGGGAGUCAAUCAGGGAUGGUUCCAUUAUCAUAAGAUUAAUUAAUAAACCUUCCAGACAAGAGGGAUACUUAUGAUUUC